CACAUCCUCCCCAUGAAUGGUGACUGGUCUCAAAGGCUCUUUACCAUGCGGAAGUCCACCACCAGUUCUUUUGUCUUACUGAUGAUGAGUUGCAGGUGGCUCUCCCUGGACCCGAAGAUGAAAUCCUCCACCACCUUCCUGUACUCUGCCUCAUCAACAUUAUUAAAGCAGUCUAUGAUGCAGGAAUCAUCUGAAAAUGUCUAUAGGAGGCAAGCGCUGGGAUUGUACUAGAGGUCUGUUAUGUAGAGGGUAAACAGGAAAGGGAGCAGUACAGUUCCCUGAGGUGCUCCAGUAUUACAUAUCACCAUUUCUGGCACCCAGACGCUGAGCUUCACAAAGUGCUGUCUAUUGGUCAGGUAGUCCAUGAUCCAGGAGAUUGAAGAGGGCAUCAGAUGUUUGCCUCUUCAUGAUUGUACAUCUAUAUUACAACUGCCAUUCAUUCAUUUUCCUCACUGGGUCAUAGUGAAACAAAUCCUAGGCUGGAAGCACUGAAGGGAUCACAUGGGCCAACACUGGUCAGGAUGCCAGUCCAUUACAGGACACACUCACACUCGACCAUUUAAGUGCUGCCCAUGAAACAUUCCUCUUAAGAAUAUAUAGGAAGAGACUUGAAGGGAGCCCCACUGAACACAGAGAGAAUAUGCAUGUAUCACAUUGACCAGGGGCAGUGACAUAUGCUGCUCUGCUUUAUAACAUGAAAAAGCAAUUUAAAGAGAUAUCUGAAGCAAGAUUAAGGUAAACAAAGUACUGUACUGCUUGAAAGCUUAGUGAAGUAGAAUUAAGAAAGAAACUUGUGGGAAAUGAAAGCAGGAAAGCAAUACUGGACAUUUCAGGUGUUUGGGCUGUAGGAAGCAAAAAAGUUCAUGGGUCAAUAGAAUGCUGAGCCCUUGGCAGGCAACGGUGUUGUAUAAGUAACGACGACUAUCAGACUUGGGUUUACUUUUUCCGAUCCGGCUUUCUUCUUACACUUGCCACUGCACCUUUGAUUUCUUCAAUACCAAGUCAUAAAAGUUUAUGAACCCUGUCUUCCAGCGCCUGUGUUUACCUCGCAACUGAGUAAGGAUUGACUCCUGACGUCAGGGAGAAGCCCGUCUUUGCUUUCAGGCAAGCGAUUAAAAGCGCAUUAGCGGCACGAGGGCGGUAACGAGGCGCAGGUCCUCAGAGUCGCUCACACAAAAUUGACAGACGAAGAGGAAGACGCUCGCCCUUACCGGACUCUGCAGCUGCUCUUUCUACUUGCUUGUUGAUCUGUUUCAGUUUUGUACAUCUUCAGUUAUAAUUUCCUAUACGUGCACGAGGCUUCAGCCUUUACAUUGACCUCUACCGUCUUUUAGUUCUCGGGGACAGUAACCGGACACGUGAAAACCAUCACCCGAAGGAAAGCUGUGGCGUGUACACAUCGGACCCUGCAUGGCACGAUGAGGCGGCACAGCUGUUUCCAGCAACAAACGCAUCGCUGGAGUAUCUCCACCGACGGCGGCUGUCUGCUUGGCAAAGGCAAUCCCGCAUCCAGCAUCGUGCGCUCCCAGUCGUGCUUCACCCCGGAUCAGCACCCGCGGGGCAGCUGGUCUUCGGAAUCAUCCGACUCGUCGGAAGUUGGCAGAGUGUGCUACAGAGUGGUGGUGAUUGGCGAAGACGGCGUGGGCAAGUCGGCGCUAGCCAGUGUCUUUGCAGGCUCCCCGUACAGCAUGUACGCAGACUACGACCAAUGGGCAGAUGACGUUUAUGAAAGAACGGUGAUUGUGGAUGGUGAAAGUGCUUCAAUUAUUUUACUUGAUACAUGGGAUAACCAGGAGGGAAGCUGGGUGCAGGAACACUGCAUGCAGGCAGGAGAUGCCUACUUAAUUGUGUACUCCGUCACUGACAGAGCAAGCUUUGAAAAGGCUUCAGAGCUUCGAAUACAGCUGCGAAGAACGAGGCAAUCAGAAGACAUCCCCAUUAUCUUAGUGGGCAACAAAAGUGAUCUGGUCAGAUGCAGAGAGGUAUCAGUGGCAGAGGGCAGAGCAUGUGCUGUAGUGUUUGACUGCAAGUUCAUUGAGACCUCAGCCGCUGUCCAACACAACGUUUCUGAGAUGUUUGAAGGCAUUGUGAGGCAGGUGAGGCUCAGGAGGGACAGCAAAGAGGUGAACGAAAAGAGGAUGGCUCUCAACCGAAGGAGAGAAAGCAUCCCCAAAAAGGCAAAACGCUUUCUGGACAAAAUGGUGGCCAAGAAUAACAAGAACAUGGCCUACCGAUUAAAAUCCAAGUCAUGCCAUGAUCUGUCUGUGCUGUAGAAGUUUUUAAGCAUUAAGAACGACUCUACUGAAGAAUGAAAAAUCUCUCAGACUCUAAACUGUGUUUCGUCUCCUACAAAGGCUCAAAGCAGCACUAAAGUUGGGACUCAAAAGCAGAGCUGAAACACUUUUAACACAAACCAUUAGUCUGGCACAGGUGGCUCAUCUUUAUUUGUAUGCAUUUUUGCACAACAAAUUUAAGCCUCUAGUGGAAAAAAAAAAUGACAAGUUUUAGCCAGCAGUGGAGUAUGAAAGAAUGUGGACAGACAGAGACGUCUGGUGCAGACAAGACUGCUUCAUAUCAAGAAGACUGAUUACUCCAGCAAGGUCUUGCCAAAGUGCUUUAACACAGAAACCAUGACGACCUUAAAACAAGCACAAGAACACAGUCAUUUAUUUAAGACAGAAUAUUUGGAAUGUUCUGUGAAUGUUUCAUAAAUAUUUUAUGGACUGUAUAAAAUUUUAUUUGGCUAAAGUUUUAUAUCUGAAGUUCAUUAAAUGAAUUCCAUUUUUGAAGGGAAAGAAAAUGUAAAAAACUUGUGAUCACAAAAAUUGUAGAAUGAAUAUACUUUUUAAAACUAGCUAAAUGGAUUUUUUUUUAUAGUUAGCAACUUGAUUGCUGGAGAAAGUAAUCUUAUACUAGCUUAUGUCUAAUGGCCCUGGCAUAAAGAUAAUAAAUACAAAAAAUUGUGAAGUGCGCCUUUGUGUGUCACAAGUUCUACUCUGACUCAGCAAACCUGCCAAUGUGAAGUGCAUAGUCGGUGUUGACUCAGUUUGAGUUUAAUCCCACUAGGAACACACAAAUCUUUCCCUUCCUUCAUUCUUUGAUGAAACUGAAAUUUGAGGUUGUUCAUGGAAUUUGUAAAGGUUUUUUGCAGAAAUUGAUUUCUUGUCUUUUAUUUCAAUUAUACAUUUGCAUGUUUUAUAAAGUAAUAUUUUGUGUA